UUUCUGCCUUCUGCCUCUAGUCUCCCUAUACCCAACAGCAUCUUCACCAUGGCCUCCGUCACCCGCCUCAGCAACGCUGCCCUGAGGGCCUCAUUGCGCGCCCCCGCCUUCAACGGCCGGGCCACGGCUUUCAACGCCACCCGCUGCUACUCGGCCAAGUCCCAGUCUCUCAAGGAGCGCUUCGCCGAGCUUCUCCCCGAGAAGAUUGACCAGAUCAAGACCCUCCGAAAGGAGCACGGCUCCAAGGUCGUUGACAAGGUCACCCUCGACCAGGUCUAUGGCGGUGCUCGUGGCAUCAAGUGCCUCGUCUGGGAGGGUUCCGUCCUCGACGCCGAGGAGGGUAUCCGAUUCCGCGGCAAGACCAUCCCCGAAUGCCAGGAGAUCCUCCCCAAGGCUCCCGGCGGCAAGGAGCCUCUCCCCGAGGGUCUCUUCUGGCUCCUCCUGACCGGCGAGGUCCCUACCGAGCAGCAGGUCCGCGAUCUGUCCGCCGAGUGGGCCGCCCGCUCCGACAUCCCCAAGUUCGUCGAGGAGCUCAUCGACCACUGCCCUACCGACCUGCACCCCAUGGCCCAGUUCUCCCUGGCCGUCACUGCCCUCGAGCACACCUCUUCCUUCGCCAAGGCCUACGCCAAGGGCAUCAACAAGAAGGAGUACUGGCACUACACCUUUGAGGACUCCAUGGACCUCAUCGCCAAGCUGCCCAACAUUGCCUCGCGCAUCUACCAGAACGUCUUCAAGGGUGGAAAGGUCGCCCCCAUCCAGAAGGACAAGGACUACUCCUUCAACUUCGCCAACCAGCUCGGCUUCGGCGACAACGCCGACUUUGUCGAGCUGCUGCGUCUGUACCUGACCAUCCACACCGACCACGAGGGUGGCAACGUCAGCGCUCACACCACCCACCUGGUCGGCAGCGCCCUCAGCUCUCCCUUCCUGUCCCUGGCCGCUGGUCUCAACGGUCUCGCCGGUCCCCUGCACGGCCUCGCCAACCAGGAGGUGCUCAACUGGUUGACCGAGAUGAAGAAGACCAUUGGUGACGACCUCAGCGACAAGGCCAUCACCGACUACCUGUGGUCCACCCUCAACGCCGGCCGUGUCGUUCCCGGUUACGGCCACGCCGUCCUCCGCAAGACCGACCCCCGCUACACUGCUCAGCGAACCUUCGCCCUUGAGAAGAUGCCCAACGACCCCAUGUUCCAGCUGGUCAGCCAGGUCUACAAGAUUGCCCCCAAGGUCCUGACUGAGCACGGCAAGACCAAGAACCCUUACCCCAACGUCGAUGCCCACUCCGGCGUGCUGCUCCAGUACUACGGCUUGACCGAGGCCAACUACUACACCGUCCUCUUCGGUGUCUCCCGCGCCAUUGGUGUCCUUCCCCAGCUCAUCAUUGACCGCGCCGUCGGUGCCCCCAUCGAGCGCCCCAAGUCCUUCUCUACCGACAAGUGGGCCGAGCUCGUCAAGAAGCUGUAA